AUGGCUUGUGCUGGAAAGCAGAUCAUCAAACAGUCAUCACGCCAUGAGAUUACCAUAACAUCAACAGAAGUGUCCGAAGGAGAAAUGAAUCGAUUCUGUUCCCAUGCUGUUUAUAUGGAAGCGUGUAUCGUCAUCAGAAAAUCAGAAUACAGAAGCUUCCGUUGUCCUCAUCUACUAGAACUACGAUCAUGUAAUCCCAGAAAGCCAGCCAUAACAAUUAUCGACAACCCCAGGCUGGAAGUCGUGGACAUUAACAUGUCAGUGAAAUACGAAUGGAAUCAGAAAAUACUUCGAAUCAGACACAACCCUGCUCUUUCAUUUACCGUGAUUGCUCGAUUGAAGAGGAUUUGUCCACAAUGUGAUAUCGACGGAAUCACCUCGAAAUGUAUUGGACUGAGCAACGUCGGAAACGUCGAGGCAUUUAUCGAGAGAUGUGCAGGAGAGCCAAUAAUUACAGGACGUUUGGACAUCAAGCAGCCAUUGUCAGGGCUACAAAUAACUCGCUUAUUUUCCCGUGCUCGCGAAGUACAGAUGUGUAUCACCCUCAUUGGAACCCACAUUAGAAGUCUUGUUUUCCCAAAAUUAACCCAUUGGAGAUCAUGCAGUAGAGAUAAACCUGCUCUCGUAUUGAGGAACAAUAGGAUGCUGACAAAUCUGCGAUUCCCAUCAUGUACAAGGCAUGGCUGUCUCGAAAGUGCAGUGAUCACGGGAAAUCCACUCAUCCCUGUGGAACAGAUGAAACUAGUCAGUCGAUGGUGUACCAAUUGUGUCUACCUUCUACAAAACAGACACUCGAGAGUACCCACCACAAGAUGGUUGGUCAGUCCAACUAUGGGCACUAUGGAUAUGCCAGGUGAGCUCCUCCAAACUCUUCUGUCAUUGAGGACUACACUUUGUCUUAGUAAACUGGAGUUGAUAUCUAGGUGCUAA